AUGUGUAGGUGCUACACGAACCACGCCCUCGACCAGUUCUUGGAACAUCUGAUCAAGGUCGGCAUCACGAAAAUCAUCCGUGUUGGCGGCCAAAGCAAAUCAGACCUUCUCGACGGUCACAAUCUUCGUGAUAUUGCAAAGUCGGAAGGGAAGACCAAGAACGAGGCAUAUAAAUCGGCAAUGACGUACAAGGGUCUGGAAGAGCACGAACAGCAUGUGAACAAGAUCCUCGGGCGACUCCAUGCAUCGAACAAAACUGCGGACUGGAAGGCCUUGGGUUACCACAUCUCUCAAAAGUACCCCAAGAUCCAUUCCCAAUUCCGGAAAACUGAUGAUGACAACUUCGCAUUAGUUGGUAAGCAUCCUUUUGACACUUGGAAGCCUGCGAGGUCAGUCAUCGGCCCUCAUUCCCAAGCUACAGCGAUGGAGAUUCAAGAUAUUGUCAAGAAAGCGACACAUAGUGCGCGCUCUUUGGAGCAUUUCGAGCGCUGCAUCUUGGUCCAACACUGGCUAGCCGAGAUACGACUUGAUGCUGUAGCGGAACUGUCACAGACUGUUGAUACAGCGAAUGAUUGCUACACAACGCUCAGCAAAGUUCACGACGAGGCAGAUCGACGAGUAUUGGCAGGCGCAGACGUUAUUGGGGUGACUACAUCCGGGCUAGCAAAACGUAUCUCCGUGCUACAACAUGUCAGCUCCAAAGUCAUUAUUUGCGAAGAAGCGGGAGAAGUUAUGGAACCACAUAUGCUCUCUGCAUUGCUUCCGACUGUUGAGCACUGCAUUCAGAUUGGCGAUCAUGAGCAGCUGCGCCCUACAAUCAAUAACUUCCAGGAUCUGUCUCUCGAGAGCAAACAAGGCGUCUUGCAUUCGCUCGAUAAGAGCCAAUUUGAGAGGUUGUCGAUCGGAGAGCGAGGUAGACCGCUAAUGCCCGUCGCCCAACUGGAAGUUCAACGCCGGAUGCGACCAGAUGUCUCCACGCUCAUUCGUGAGACAAUCUACCCAAAGCUGAUCGAUCAUCCGUCGACAACUACCCUACCUGACGUCAUUGGUAUGCGCAAGAAUGUAUUCUGGCUUGAUCAUGACCACUUGGAAGAUGAUAAGGAGGGUUCAGUACAUCACAACAAGUCGAGAUCCAAUGAAUGGGAGAUCGCGAUGGUACACGCACUCGUCCGUCACAUCAUCCGUCAAGGUGCCUAUACCAGCAGCGAGAUUGCAGUACUCACUCCAUACACUGGUCAGUUACAGAAGUUGCGUGCAGCUUUACGUAAGGACUAUGAGAUUGUACUGAGCGAUCGAGACCAAGAAGCUCUUGAGAAGGACGGGUUUGGCACAGCUGAUCCUGCUCCACAAACGCCUAAUGCUACGCAGAACUACCGAAGAAAGCCACUGGAGAAGAAGCAACUAAGUGAACUUCUCAGAGUUGCGACUGUCGACAACUUCCAAGGCGAGGAAGCCAAGAUCAUUGUCAUAUCUUUGGUACGCAGCAACAAAAGUCAGAACGUUGGGUUUCUCAAGACCUCGAACCGGAUCAACGUCUUGCUAAGCCGGGCUCAACACGGAAUGUAUCUGAUCGGUAACGCAGAGACAUAUCGCAGCGUCAAAAUGUGGCAGAAGGUGAUCAACAUACUCGAAGCUGAAGAAGCAGUUGGCAAUACUCUCUCAUUGUGUUGCCCACGCCACACAGACAAGAUCAUUGAAGUCAGCGAACCCGAUGACUUUCUAGCCGCCAGCCCCGAAGGCGGUUGCAGGGAGGCAUGUGUUGAUAGGCUAGAUUGUGGCCACAGCUGUCAGGCAAGGUGUCACUCUGAAGCGAUGCACGCAGUCUGGCAAUGCGAGAUGCCAUGUCAGCGCCGGCACGAUCCAUGCGAACACCCAUGUCAGAAACCUACGUGUGGUGAGGAUUGCGGGUUAUGCAUGAUUCCCAUCGAUAAUGUACAGCUUCCAUGCGGCCACACGAAAGAUCGAGUCUUAUGCCACAAGACCUUGGAUCGCAAUAGCAUUCGCUGCGAGACGAUUGUGCAGAAAGAAAUCUCUGAAUGCAAGCACACGGUCAAAAUCAAAUGCUCGGUAGAUGUGGACAGUGAGAGGUUUGUGUGCCCAUCGCUCUGCCCUGAAGUUCUCCUUUGCGGUCACCAAUGCCCUGGGAGCUGCGGCAGCUGCAAACAGAAGAACACUGAAGGCGAAGCUACCUCGAAGCACGCUGCAUGUAAAAAGAAGUGUGGUCGGAAACAUGGGACUUGCAAUCAUAAUUGUAAGCGAAUCUGUCAUGGAGGAGGUGACUGUGGUCUCUGUCAGCAACCUUGUGAGGUACAAUGCAAGCACUCAAGCUGUAAGCUCAAGUGCCACGAGCCUUGCGCACCUUGCGUCGAACAAUGCGCUUGGUCUUGUGAACACCAAGGCAACUGCGCAAUGCCAUGUUCAGCCCCCUGCAGCAGGCUUCCAUGCGACGUGCGAUGCACCAAGCUGCUUCCGUGUGGACACCAAUGCCCCGGGCUUUGUGGCGAAGAGUGCCCACUUGACAUCUGUCAGCAGUGUGGUAUGCGAGCAGACGAGCAACCCGACCUUGUCAUGAUGCUACCAUACGCAGAGGUUGAUCUGAACGAUUCGCCUAUUGUUGUUCUCGGCUGCAAAGGCAGACACUUCUUCACUGUUGAGACUCUCGAUGGUAUCAUUGGGAUGAAGGAAGUGUACGAGAUGAAUGAGGAGACCGGAAAGUACACUGCUUUGAGAGACAACGAACAGUUGGCAGCUGCCAUUCCUCAGUGUCCUACCUGUCGAGAGCCUAUUCGCCAACAUGUCAUCCAGCGAUACAACAGGGUCGUCAACCGUGCAGUCAUCGACGAGAUGUCAAAACGCUUCGUUGUCAGUGGGCAACAAGAGCUUCAUGAGCUGUCAGGCGCGUUGCGAAGCGUUGAAGACAGUCUGGAGUCGACACGCUCGGAUACCCUGUCUAGCAGGGACGCAGAAGACAUUGCUAGAAAAAUUCGCAAGCGAUAUGUCAAGGCCAGCAAUCUGGAGAAGGCUGCUACGGAAUUCUUGCUUAAGAUGAACCAGAAGCACAAACCGUCGCACAAGCUACAUGAGGCCAUUGUGCAUGCUGCCAGCAAACAAGUCGACCUUAGUGACUCAAUGGCGCAGAUCAGUCUUGAAUCAAUAGGAAUGAGCAAAGAACAAGACCGUGAUCAGCGUAUUACUUUGGGCGGUCGACUGUACCAUCUCAGAGUACGUCAAGUCAUACUGAACGACAAGUUCGAAGUACUUCGUCCUCUCAGGUCAAAAUCUGUUACAAUCGACUUCCCCGGCGGUUCGCCAAUUGAUCAGAGCGGUUCCUUCCUGCACGACUGUUCAGAGCUCAUCAAAGAUUCCAAGAUCUCCAAAUCACCCAAGCUUGCAGUUGAGGCAACGCUGUACUACGCUCAUAUCGCCCGCCUUCUUGGUUCGUCAGGUGGUAUUCAACAAGCGCCUAACCCAAAGGCUAUGCAGUAUCGCGAGUCUGCAAAGGCUCUACUCGAAGAUGCGGAGGAGCUUUGCGAGAGUGCUUUCAGCGGUCGGGAUCAGCUCAAAAAUGGCGUGGAGCAGUCUCUCCGGCUACUUGGUCGCGAAUUCUAUGCUGAAAUAACGACGGAAGAGCUUGAGGCGAUCAAACGAGCGAUGGUGAGCGGCCGCGGAGGUAUCGCUACGCAUUCUGGCCACUGGUACAACUGCGUCAAUGGACACCCGUUUGCUAUCGGUGAGUGUGGGAUGCCAAUGCAACUCGCUCGUUGCCCAGAAUGUGGAGAGCCGGUUGGUGGCCAAGGCCAUCAGGCGGUCGCUGGAGUUACUCGUGCAGUCAACAUGGAGGGCUGA